CCACCAAAUUGAGCAGAGACGUGAAACAAUGGACAAGUCGUCGCCGGAAAAUUUGAUCGUCGUCAAAAAAGACUCCAACGGGAUAGCUUAUGUAACAAUCAACCGCCCAAAGUCGUUGAACUCUUUGACGAAGCCAAUGAUGACUGAUAUGGCGCGUGCGUUCAAGUCUCUUAACGCCGACGAAUCCGUGGGCGUCAUUAUACUGUCCGGGUCGGGUCGGUCUUUCUGUUCAGGCGUGGACCUGACGGCAGCGGAGGAUGUUUUCAAAGGAGACGUGAAGGAUGUAGAAACCGAUCCGGUUGCUCAGAUGGAGCUGUGCCGUAAGCCAAUCAUCGGAGCGAUUGCGGGGUUCGCUAUUACGGCGGGGUUCGAGAUCUCCCUUGCUUGUGAUAUAUUAAUUGCUUCUAAAGAUGCUAAAUUCAUCGAUACACAUGCCAGGUUUGGGAUAUUUCCUUCAUGGGGCCUGUCGCAAAAGCUUUCACGGAUAAUAGGAGCCAACAAUGCUCGAGAAGUAUCUCUAACUGCGACGCCAUUAACGGCAGAGAAAGCAGAGAAGUUGGGAUUGGUGAAUCACGUGGUUGAAGGUAGCGAGUUGUUGAAGAAAGCCCGUGAAGUUGCAGAGGCGAUCAUGAAAAAUAAUCGAGAUCUGGUUUUGAGAUACAAAGCCGUUAUCAACGAUGGUGUCAAGAUCGAUCUUCAUCAUGCUCUUUUACUAGAGAAGGAGAGAGCUCAUGAGUAUUAUAAUGGAAUGACGAAGGAUCAGUUCAAGAAAAUGCAGGAAUUCAUAGCAAGUAGAAGCUCUAAAAAACCUGCUUCAAAGUUGUAAAAGUUGUAGCUGAUGAAGCCAUUAAUGUAAAAUCAAGGUAAUUCCUUUUUUCAUUGCAGCAGUUAGCAGAUCUAGAAUGUUACUACUAUUACAAUAACCUGUUUCUUAUUAACAAUAAAUUUAAAAAUUGUAAUAAAUUGAUUUUGAUUAUAAUUAUUUGAGUAUUUAAAAGUCAAUUACGCA